GUCCACCCAACAUCUCUGUUCAUACACACCACACCCCACCCCACCCCACAAGGCACAAUCCAAUCUUACUCUGUCUUUGUCCUUCUUGGCAAGGCAACUUCAAUGGAGCAGGAACACCAUCAAUUCAUAGCACUUCAUGAUGAUGAUGAAGAAGAAGUAGAAGUGGAAGAUGGUGCUUUGAAAACAAGGCAAUCCCUGCCACAUAGCAAGGAAACCCUUGUUACAGAAGUGGUAGCCAAUGGGGGUGAGCAUAGAAAUGGUGUUUCCUCAGUUGUCACAGACCUAGAUGGAUCUUUUGUUCAGAAAGAGAAGGAAGUUGCAGAAAUUGGAAGUGUUGGUGAAAAUAACAGCCAUUUUCAUGAUGACAGAGUAGAUGGUGGUGCAGCUGUUGGGCUUAGAAUUGUAGCAGAGUUUGUAGAAGCAGCAAAAAAUGGAGAAGCCAUAGCUGAUGCUAGUGUUGGUGCUGCUGAAUCACAGAAUGAGAACAGUGUUUACUUUGACAAGCAACAAGGAGUGUGGAAAUGUCACCACUGCACAUGGACCAUGCGAUUUGCCAGUCCUAUUAUUCAACAUGGACCAUGUUUUGUUUGGGGAGAAAAAGACAAUAAAAUCAAUGGACUUAAUGGAUUUCAAAAUGGAGAUGCUGCAACUUCUGUCAGUCUGACGAAUCCUGGGGAAAGCGAUUAUGAUGUACAAAUAGAAAAUUCAGUUACUCAGAGGAAUCUAUGCAGUGAAGUCAACGAUCAGUGCAUGAAAACAGUGGAUGACAAAGUCCCUUCCAAUUCAGAAGUAUCCCCUUUGCAUAAUUCACGUGACGACACUCGAGCUACAACAGUUUUGGAUUUUCAUGAAGAAACUAACAUAAAGGAAGGUUCUGAAUUGGUAAAAGAGAUUGACCAGGACCUGAAAGAAUUUGAUGUUGAGGUGGUAUUGGCAAAACAAGAGACACAUGAUUUGUUCUGUCCUAAUUGCAAUUCUUGCAUUACUAAAAGGGUUAUCCUCAAGAAAAGAAAAAGGAACAUUCAUAGUUUAGAUAACAAAGCCAAGCGUGAUAAGUUAGACAUUGUAGCUAGCUCUGAUCCGGUUAAUAGUUCUGCACAAGAAUCCGACCGAGGUGUUAGUGAGAAUGUAACAUCUGAAAUUGUUAGUGUAGAGACACCUGAUGAUAAUUAUCAUCCUGAAAGAGAACCAGAAAGUGAUCCAGAAGUGUUCAGAUGUCUAGCAUGCUUCAGCUUCUUUAUUCCUAGUGGAAAAGGUUUCAAUCUGUUCCGCAAUUUUGGUGGUUCCAGGAAGCAAGAAACUUCACAAAAUGCUACGAGUAUAACUGCACAAAAUUUGCAAAAUCCUUCUACUCUACCAGGCUCCAAUGCAAAUUGGUUCACCUCUCUAUUUACUUCAAAUAAGGGGAAAACAGCUACUGCGAAAGGUAACACUUCCCUUGAACAUUCUACAACUGCUCAUGUUGAGCAGCAUUGUUCAACAUCAGUUACUUCAAAUGUGCCUGCCUCCACUGAUAUUGGUCAUCUAGAAGGUUCACUUGCUGAUACGGCUCUAAUUAAGAAUGCAAAACCUGCCGCAGAAAAUGGAGGGAUGAGUUCUCAGAUUUCCUCAACUGCGGAAUCAGUUAAGAUUGGACCAGGGACAGAAAAUGGCAUCAAAUUCCAUACUGCAUCAGGGAAUGAGCCAUUGGCUGACCAAAAAUGCCUUGACUCAUCAUUUCAGAAUGAUUUCUCAUCUAUUAAAAGUACUGGUGGAGUGAUGAAUGGAGUGCAGAGUGCUGGACAGGAUUUUAUCGAUUUAUCGUCUAAAGAACAGUUAUUGACUGGAAACCUGAAGACCAAUGACGGAGAGACAUCAGUGGACAUAAUAAAGACAACAGCUAAUGUUGAAGUUAUGUCCUCAAUGAGCUUUUCUGAUGGAGUGGUAUCCAAAUAUGAGAGUGUUCAAUCAGUAACUACUGCUACUAGUGAAAAACAUUUUAAUGCUGGAGAAACUGCAAAAGUUUCCGUUCUUAAUCCUUCUGAAGGGAUACCUGGAUUUCUUGCUCCUACAACUAUAGGGUCUCUUAUCCUUGAGCAGUCGCAGAAAGAUGUAGAUGGUACAUCUGAAAAUAUUAAGAAUAGCUAUUCUUCUUUUACACAAUCUUCAGUUCAAUCAUCUGGCAGUUCAGUACCUGCAAGUGUGGUAGCUAGUAACAAACAAACUUCUGGAAUAGAUGCUAUAUUUCCAUCAAAACCAGAUUUGGCACCAAUUGAGGAAGUGCAAAAGGAUAUUAACAAGGAAAUAAGUGCUUCUGACAAAAAAGAAAGUAAAGGUGGUGAUGUGAUAGUUGUUGUUGACAGAGAAGCAAUAGAAUCCACAACAUCUCAGACAGCAGAUAAUGUUCCAGUUGAAGGUGCUGUAGUGCCAGGAUCAGAUACUCAAGUGCUUAUUGAUGAACAACCAAGAGAUGAAACUGGUGAACGCCAACAAUGGGAAGUACUUAAAAGCAUUGUGUAUGGUGGUUUAGUUGAGUCAAUCACAAGUCUUGGAAUUGUGUCAUCUGCAGUUAGUUCUGGUGCUGCCCCAUUGAAUAUUAUAGCGCUGGGACUUGCAAAUCUGGUUGGUGGACUUUUCAUCCUUGGUCAUAAUCUUAAUGACUUGAAAAAUAAUCACUCUGGAGGGGAUCAACAGCAAACGAACGCGCAAGAAGAUCAAUAUCAUGAACUACUCGGACGCAGAGCAAAUUUCUUGCUCCAUGCUGUUGUGGCUGUUAUAUCCUUCAUAAUAUUUGGUGCUGUUCCCCUUGCUAUCUAUGGAGUCUUGAUUAACAAGAACUACAGUUCGGAUGUUAAGCUUGGGAUAGUGGCAGCCACUUCUGUUGUAUGCAUCAUUCUACUUGCUAUUGCCAAAGUUUACACCAGGAAACCACCUAAAUACUACUUUAAAACUAUGUUAUACUAUGUGGCAUUGGCACUUGGAGCCUCAGGAAUAUCCUAUAUAGCAGGAAUCCUAAUCAAGGAGCUUCUAGAGAAAAUCAGCAACUCCGAGUCAGGUUUUGCUUUUAUCACCAUGCCCAAUUCAGACACAAGUAUGGAACCAGCAUGGAUGUCUUACUGAAGCAGUAGGGAGUAGGAGCUUUAAUAGGAGCAUGAGCUUUUUGAAAGGGGAUCUUCAAAGGAAGUCCCUAGAGGAACUUAGUCCCUAGAGGAACUUAGAAUAAAUGUAACUGUGGUAGUUAAAAUGUGAAAAUGCAAGCAGCUUUUUCCUUUUGAUGUUCCAUUUUACAUUUUUGUUUGCUUGGAUUCUUGUUAUCAAAAUAGAAAUAAGAAAAGAAAGGGCUGUUUAAUA